GAAAGCUGUACAAGUAGGGUACCAGUGUCUCAGUAUUCAUCUUUUCCCUUUGAUCUACAAGAUUUUAUACCCAAUACAGUUUCUCCCAUGUUGGACAACUCUUCUUCUUCACCCGUUGGUCCAUCUUCCUCUUCUGAAGCUUUCAAUAAUUCUGCAGAAAACUCUGGGGUUUCUAAUAGAAGGAAAAGAAGACCUGCUGGUACUCCAGAUCCAGAUGCAGAAGUGGUUUCACUUUCGCCCAAGACUCUGUUGGAAUCAGAUAGGUAUAUAUGUGAGAUCUGUAACCAAGGUUUUCAAAGGGACCAAAACCUUCAGAUGCACAGGAGAAGGCACAAGGUGCCAUGGAAGUUAGUGAAGAGAGAGACACCACAAGUUAAGAAAAGGGUAUUUGUGUGUCCAGAGCCAACUUGUUUGCACCAUCAUCCAUGUCAUGCCCUUGGAGAUCUUGUUGGGAUAAAGAAACAUUUCAGGAGAAAACACAGUAAUAAUAAGCAAUGGGUUUGUGAGAAAUGUUCUAAAGCUUAUGCUGUUCAGUCUGAUUACAAAGCACAUCUCAAGACUUGUGGUACUAGAGGCCAUUCUUGUGACUGUGGCCGCGUAUUUUCCAGAGUGGAGAGUUUUAUUGAGCACCAAGAUACUUGCACUGUAAGGAGAAGUAGUAGUACUAGGCCAGAUUUGCAACCAUUGCAAGCUGGUUGUUCUUCAAGAACUGCUUCAAGCACUAGCCCUUCAAGUGAUACAAAUUUCAGCAGCAUUGCCCCUAAUUUACCAAGAUUGACAAUAAUGCCUCUGCCUAAUAAUUCUGAUCAGCACAACGAAUUCCCUAGUAGUAAUAAUAAUGAUCAGCAGCAUAAUUUGGAACUUCGCCUUUUACCAUCUUCAAUUGCAUGUCCCUCAAGAACCAGUGAUCAUGAAAAUCAAGCACCCCAUUUGAAAUUGUCAAUUGGAUCAUCUACUAGAGAUUCAAUAUUGGUGUCAAAAGAUCACAAGGAACUGAAUUUGGCAAUGGCUGAAAAGGCUUAUGCUGAGGAAGCAAGAAGACAAGCAAAGAGGCAAAUUGAAUUCGCAGAGUUGGAAUUUGCUAAUGCAAAGAGAAUCAGACAACAAGCACAAGCUGAAAUUGAAAGAGCUCAAAAUUUGAAAGAGGAAGCUACAAAGAGAAUAAGCUCUUCAAUCUUGGAAAUCACUUGCCAUGCUUGCAAGAAUAAGUUUCAAGCAACUGAUGAGUCUUCUCCAGCUAUGAGUUACAUGUCUUCUGCAACAACUGAAGCUGAAGGAGAGCAUUAAUUAAUGAGAAAAAUAGCAGUGUGUUGGUUAGGCCUUUUUUUUUGUUGGUAUAUCUGUGUUUCACUGUCUUUCUCAUGCAGUAAAAUGUAGGCUUCUACCUUUUUUCUUUUAUAAAGAAGAUUAUCAGUAUGUGUUUCUUUUUGAAUAAGACUCCUUGAAUCAUUCAAACA